AUGAAGGAUGCCCAAAUGAGGAUGACGAAACAAAAUAUGGUAAGUACAAGUUCAUGUGCCCCCAACGUUCUGUCAUUGCCACAUUUGUCCUAUCCUCAGUUGCUAGACUUUGCUAAAAAGUUUAAUAAGUCUCGAUGUCAUUUACCAGAAAUAUUUGUCCACAGCUAAGUUUUAAAGAUGUUUAUUUCAUUGCGUUUUUGUCGUCGAUGAUUUCUGUUUCGCCUCCCGGAAGGUGGUUACUUCAAUUGGUUCAUCUUUACCAUCUUUCUUGUUCACGAGUUUUAGAGAUUUUUCAGUAAUGAAGGUUAUCUUGCGGAAGUCCAAAAUGUCCUUCUCGUGUACACACACUAAGAGAAGUUGUCCACCGGCAAAGAUUAAACAAAAAUAAGAGUUCAGUAAACGUCACUAACUUUUUAAUGACAAUUUUAUCGAUUUUGCCACGAGACUUGUGGUCAGUGUUUAUUGCAAACCACGCGAAAUGUAUCAAAUUUUAAACAAGGAAGUUGUAUAGCAAUGAAACAAAACGAAAUCUAGAAACAUUACAUCGUUUCAUAUGUAAUAAACAACAGCUUUCUUGUUAAUAACAGGAAAUAUAUACUUGCUUACGUCUAACUUUUGUCUGUUUUAAUGUUGUUGUUUUUCCUUACUGAGUGAGAGGGAGGGUGGGGGGAAGUUGGUUUUUCUGCACGUUUUAUGACCUUCAAAAUUAAAUUAGUUUCUUUGUAAGGUAAUCUUUGUCGACUUAUAAGAGUUUUAUUGGCCUGGCAAGAUGAGCUGAUAACCGUAAUUCGUUUGCCGCCAUUAAGCGUAUUAUGCGAUCAUAGUUUUAGUUACGCUUCCUUUGUUCAUGCUGUUUCAAAAAAAUGACAGCGUGUUUCGUGACCAGAUGUUUGUUUGAUUUUGGGGUUUUUCUUGAUUGGGGCUUAACAGAUCAAAGGAUUUUUAAUGAAUCUUUUUAAUAAUUCAAAGUAAAAAGCUUUUCCUCCGAAUGGUUUAUUUUAGUCAAAACAAUAAAGAGUUGUUUUUGAUAACAUUGAACAGAAAGUUAAUCAAAUCUCCUGCAAGUAAGAAAACAAGAACUGUUUCCUUAAAUCUUCGCGUGAUGUAUUUCUAACUUUUGAAUCUGAGGGAGAAAUCCUAUGGUGCUAUUAUUUAAAUGAAUCAAAACCUCUUCAGCAGUAUCUGUGAGUGGUGUUAUUCGUUUUGAAUAUUUUGCAAAGAGAAAUUUAGAAUUUUGCCUAAUAUUAUAAAGAUUAAGUCGCCCAGAUACUCGAGAUAUCAAUCACCUAAUUUCAUCGAUACGUUUUUGUUUGGCACUAAAUAACAGCUUAAUCGAAUGAAAAAGAUUCCUUAGAGCAAAAUACACUAAGUCCUUCAAAUGAGAGAGCAUGUUUUCUGUGCGAUACAAAGUUGAGAUUUAUCAAAUCAGGUUGGUUCCGUGAGGAACAUUCCAGACAUAAGAAUCACCAACAGUGCAUCAACCAGGACAUUGUCUUUCAAACGUCAGAGUGAAUUACAGAAAAUGGACUCCAUUUCAAGAGCAGCUGUCUUUUAAAGAUGCUUUCAGGUGUGACGUAAAUUUUACCGUCCAAACUUGACCAUCUAAAACAUAGGGGCACCCAAUGACUUUUUUCUGUAAAAUAUCUGUUCGGAGAAGCAAAAUUGCCUAAAAAUUUUCUAUAGCUUGAGGAAGGCUAAAAAUGUCUAGAUGAACACUCCAUUCAUGUGCAAUUUUCGAAGCUUAUCUUAUAAAUUCCCUACGAUUUUCUGAAGUAUAAUUUUGCGCAUUUCACUCCCCAGGUUAAGCUAUUUUCGUAGAAAAAGAAAAGUAAGCUAAAAUGUUAGGAUUCGAAAAUGUGAUGGAGAGAGGAAUCAGAGAAAUUCUUACUUUUGUAAAACUUUGAAUUGCAUCAAAAAUUUCGGGAAAAUAAUACUGAAGCCCGUGUAAUUUCGAAAAGACUUAAGUUGCCCUAGGAUGACCGAACACAUUUGAAAUUCUGUAGCGCAGCUUAGAAUACAUUUCUAGAGAUCCAAAAGUACUCUGGAUAGCCUAGAAAGAGUUUUCAAUGUAUGUAGGAGGAAACCGUCGUUGGGUGCCCCUGAAAACAUACUUCUCCUCGUAAGUGAGGUCGGUGGCGUAAACUUUCUUUUAUGUUCAGUAACUAUAAUAGGUACAUGAAUUUUAAAAAUAGAAUACAAUAGACUUGUGCAUAAGUGAGCAUUUUAUUCUCAGCAGCGUUCAGUGAAUGUAAGGAACGGCACAAGAAGAAUCAGCUGUUACUUCUUGUAGCCGGAUCUACAUGUUCGUAACAAACGUCAAACUAUUUCAAAUGUGGGGCUGAAAGAAUUGAAACACUCUUUUCUAGAUCAACCAUCACGUGAAUUGAUUGACGAAGCAAACGGCUCUGAUUGGUCAAUUUAGAGUCUCUUUUUCGCCUUAAGUUGAAGGUUGACAAAAACAAGCGUGCUUUCACGUAAUAUGUAUACUUGCCAGUUUAUACAAGAACGCUAUCUUUGGCUUUGUGGCGGCGUUUUUUCAAGCGUUCGGAUGCAAAGAUAGCUAGAAAUAUACAAAAUCAGCUAAGAUAAACACAAACGUUUUUAAAAUCUAUACAGAGACGAUAAGAAUGAUAUGUAAGCUAUUAAAAGUUGUAAAACCCUUACAUUGCGCCCACUCAAAUACCUUCCAGUCCAUCAGGUGUAGGCUAAAAUUCAAAAUUCCGGAUCUUCUUUUUUGAGAAUUUAAGAGAUUUUAAAAAAAGAACUUUACAAAGUCUUGGGUAUUUUUUGCGAUGACGAGUAAUUUGUUAGGUCUUAAGCUUCAGGUGACGAUAAAAAAAAUUCAGUUUAACUCAGGAAAAAGGUUAUCUUUUUGCGAUUUUCCCAGUGGCCAGACUGGAGGGCUGACUCUUCUCUUGUGUUCUUUCCGAUGAAACGACACAAAGAGUUUUUUGGUGAUUUUUCCGGAAAUUUGUGUAUACGCCUACAGUGCAUGGAACCCUGCCUGAUCGUCUUCCAGGGACCAUCGAUGACCAGUGAAUACUUGGUCUUGUUAAUGCGUUGGUCAUAAUAACUAAAUCAGCAUUAGCAUACUAAGCGUUUCUAGGACAUGUCUUCACAGUUUAUCAUUUAAUUCUAUAUAGAAUGAUCGAUGAUUCCAUAUUUUCCACGCCUUUCGAUAAAAAAGUUCAUACGGGUUGUCAGAUCGAAUGCCUCCGACUUGCCAUCCGGCAAAAUGUAAGGAAGAUAACAACUGGGCAUUCUCAAAGGUCGUCUUAGUCUUAUAACAGGAUGGUAGAAUAAAGAAAUAAAUGGACCUUGAUUUGGUCUAGAAAAAAAGCGUCUGUAAUUGCAGAAUGGUCGUACGGCGGGCAUCCACUGUACUUGCAAAGUGUACGCUAAUGUCGUACCUAGAUCACUUUACGGUUUCGACGACAAGAAAUCUAGGUACAAGAUUAAGUGUACGCAAAUGAAGCUAUUAAGAUUAUCUAACAAACGGAAACUGUUACAUAGUACACUUUUCGUUUGUGGAAUCGCCUUUGAGGUUCUCUAGUAUUCCCUCUGUAUUUCAUUAGUAAGCCCUUAGUUUUACCUCCACCAGAGGCCUCCUUUCAGCGGUUUUUCAUGGAAACGAGUUUAAAUGGUUAUUGUGAAUUCUUUCAACUCAUUAACCUCGUUUGCAUACCUUGUGAGUAUUUCACCGCAUGCUCAACCGUGAUAAAAGUUGUGUUAAAAUUAUUUUUACACUCUAUUUCAAACCGCUGUUUGACGCUUUUCCUUAUAAUUUGGCCUCGCACCAGGACUUUUCGUUUUUUGUUUCACGGUCGUUUGGAAGCCUAGGUUGAUUAUGAUCAAUUCUAUUUGGCGUUGAAAAAGGGCAGUCUUGUGUAAUUUAAAGUAAAGGUUCUCGAUUGCCUAAAACGCUAUCGAACGGGCAAGUAGGUUUAUCUUGCACCUUACUAGUGCUAAGAUAAACAUGGCCGAUCAUAUUUGCCAAUUUCUUGAAGCCAUUCUUUCUCUUUACCCGAAGGAGUCAAGAAAAUUCCAAAUUUCAUGUCCUUUAAUUCUGCAAGACACCAUGUGAAAGUACUGCUGAAGAUGUUUCAUUUGAAUGGUCACAUCAUAUGAUUGGAUCCAUAGAAUCACAAUUGCCUUUUAUUACAGUUAUCUCAGGGAGUGAGGGGGGUUUAUGCUUUUUCAGUGUGUUUUUGUUAUGAGAGAGUCGCCGUAGAUAUUGAGAAUUUUACCGAAUAAGCAAUAUAACCUGUUUGUUUACCUAUAUCCUCGGUUUUUAUCUAUGCUGGAAAUGAUCACGGGUUUUUUGUUUUUGUUUUUCACGUUCGAUUCGGCCAAUGUUGUGUAAGUUGUUGACACCUGCCCAAAGCUCCCUCGCCGGCAUCACGUCGAUAACUGGCAGAAAAGGAAAUGAAAUCAGAUAGGAGUUUUUAAGAUCCCAAGGGCCAGUAAAAGUCUAUUGCUCAAUAACUAAUUAUUUUCAAGAUAAACUUUGAAUAAUGCGAUAAGGCGACUGAGCAGUUAAAUAAUUUUUUGUCGAUGCUCUCUACAGAGCUCGGGCACCGCGCCGUUUUUGAAGUUUGUCCAUCCGGAUGCACGAAGUCAUAAUAUUCAACAACGACAAAAACAAACGUUUUCAACAUCUGCUACAGCUAAAAACCUUUUCUGGUGGUCGUUGAUAGAUUUCUCGGCUAGAGUUUAAACAUUGGGUUGAUUUUAUUAACACUAGAAAUGGAAGUGCAGGUCCCUGAAAUGAAUGAGGGAAGAUUUUGGCUGUCAAAUAUGAUAUCUAUACGCGAGAAAGUAUCAUCGCUACUAUUAGACUUGAUGGAAAUUAGGAACAGUAUACGCUGUACAUACGUUAUCACGUAGAACAAAGCUACUGUAAGGCGAGAAAAGAGCGAGGUUUAUAGCAUAUAAUUUCCGUUUCCGUGCUUUCACUAAAAAACAAUGAAGAAACUGUUCGAUUAACUCCCACGACAGGGCUAUUCAAAUUAAGAACAAAUCAUCACAGUGGACUCUUUGUUCGUGAUCACUUCUCUUGUAAACAUCUGAGGACAAACGUCUGUCCUCUCCCCCGCAUUGUCAAAAAUAAAAAUCAGAUUUUUUCAGCUGUUAUAGUGGGUAAUCAAGGGAUUGUAUAAUUAAGCAUCAUCUUCGCAGGGCAGGGUACAGAUUGGAGUGUUUUUAGAAAUUCAGGACCGUUGUUUUUUCUUUGUGGUCUGCGAAAAUAGAAAUUAUCUGAAAGAGAUUUACGAACACCUCGCUAGGAACAGGUCAGAGAAGGGUUCGAAAAUCAGAGGAAGGUAGCUGAAGACAUGAUUACAAAGGUACAUAAAGUAACUAUUGCUUCCUUAUCUUCAAAAGUUUAUACGAUGACAAUUGUACUGUGGGUUUAUCGACGCCUUAAAGAUCAACAUGGCGUCUUAGUCUAUUAGUACUUCCAAACAUCGCUUUGGAAUCACCUUUUUAACUGCAAUGGCUCAUAAGUAAGAUAGAGAGUUAUGCAUAUAUAUUCGGGCACUUUUUAUUUGUAUACUGGUAAUUAAUUAGUGGUCAGUACCAAGUGUAAUAUACGACGAUGAAGAGCAAGUAAAUCAGUUCUUUUAACCUGCGUACUCAAAAAAACUUGUUACAUUUAUCAGACUGCUAUCUCCUCGCCCAAAAAAAGGUGCUCUUUUAAACAUCCUUUGACGCGUUACUGUAAACUGUUGUUGCUUCCAACAACUUCGAUCACUUAAAACUUUUAUUAACUGCUAAAAGCCAACUUUCUUAUUUUGUAUUUAUGAUUCAAAAAGCGAAUUCGCGGAGGGAACUUCAGAUUAAGACUUUUUUGUAACCUCCUAAUGAUACCUUUUUGUCAAAAACCACAAGAGGAAUCAACAGUGACAGUUUUGAGAUUGCCAUCGAUCACAGUUGUAGUUAUUAAAUUAGUGUUAUGCUUUAUUUCUUUCACCUCAAAUUUUAUUUUCAAACUGUCGCUGGGGUAAUCAUGCGCUAGCUUAGGCUCUUGUUUUAGUUUUCUGAGACUGUUGUGGCUACAAUCUUAGCAGUUAAGCCAUGACCCAUGCCGAACUAACAUUCAUUUUAGAACUUCAGCCUAAGUGUUCAAUGGCUAUUCAUUAUGAUGGCUACUUGACUUAAUAUCCUUUUUAAGUACUAGAGCGUCAUAACUCAAAAUUACAUCAACGAUUUUCGCCUCCACUUCUUUGACGCAAGCCAUCUCGUCAUUUUUCUUUUUUUUUUUAAAAAUCCAAACGUUCGUAUUCGUUAUUUUUCUCCUCAAUAUCGUUGAUGGACUUAGAGAGCAAAGUUAAUAGUUACAGAAUUUAAGAAUGAAUAAAAAUAUCCGUAAUGGUAAAUAAGGCAUUGACGUAUUUUAGAUCGGACGAAUCAUUAAAUCAAACCACCGGAGAUAAAUUGCCUGCUUUUAAGUGUUGAGAUUAAUUUACUUUCAUCUUUGUCAGUAUGCGAUGUUUUUUUUUUUUUUCUCAUCGGCGUGAUAUAUUUGAUUAGUUCCAUUAAAGAAAUUUAAGUGACUGGUCUGUUUUCUCUUAACUGUUACUAAGGGACGGACCAUUAGAAAAGUUAUGGGGGGGGGGGGGGGGAAUUUUCGAGCUGCAGGAAUUUUUUUCAUUAUCAAAUUCUUUGUAUGGAUUUUUUUAGGCCAUUGCAUGAAUAUUUUUUUAGCGUUAAUUGGCGUGCAUGAAUUUUUUUCAUUUAAUUUUCCCUUGCGCGAAUAUCUUUUUUUUGUACUUCGCACCCCCCCCCCCCCCCCAUAAGUUUUUUAUUGGUCUGCCCCUAAAGGAGACCACCCCUCUUUACGGCAGGUGAUUCUUUUAUUUUGAAAACUGAAUAUUUAUUGGGAAUGUGCAAAAAAAUUUUCGGGUAAAAGGCGACCAUUUGCCCCAGCAGGUCAAAAGAAGAUAUGGGGAAGUCCGAAAACCUGAUGUCAAAUUUUAUAGAUAAUCCAUAAGUUUUCUAAUGGUCCGUCCCUAAAGGAGAUCAGAUCUCUUGACGGCAGGUGAUUCUAUUAGUAUGCAAACUGAAUAUUCAUCGGGAAUGUGACAAAAGAAUUUCGGAUGAAAGGCGACCAUUUGCCACAGCAGGUCAAUAGAAGAUAUGGGGAAGUCCGAAAAUCUGAUGUCCAAUUUGAUAGAUAACAGGACAGUAUUACCUAGACUACGCUUCCAUUCAUUGUUUUUCCAAAGGUCGUUAGCCAUUUGACAGAUUUUACAGAAAAGAAUGUACAAAAUUGCAGUAACAUUUUCGCAAACUUUUGCCUCAAAGUUUUAUUAACGUUUGUGUCUCAAUUUGUUCAUUCAUGAAACGUUUACAUUUUUUUUUCCUUCGAUGCAAUCAAUGUCUGUCCCUUUUAGAAAUUGAGGGUUAAAUUCCGGUCGGGGAGGAAAAAUUCCGUCGUAACUGAUUUCAUGUGUGAACACUUAACCCAUUCGCUCUCGGGAAAUUGGCCGAAAAACGCCUUUUGAAGCUAGUCAAGCCGUUUUCUGUUCACUGUCCGCAAACGAAUACGCUACAGAACGUAGGAUCAAGCUGAUUAACUUUGUAAGACAUCAAAGUGUCUUGUUGAUGUCUUUAGUUGCAAAGUUAAUUUUCACGAAGCACGGUCAACAUUGCAGAAUUCUCAAUGUGUCUACUUGGUAUAUUUUUGCUGAACAGGUCUUCUAUAGAUCCUACGUUCUGCGGCAUAUUCGUUUGCGGUCCUUUGCAGUUGAUGUUCAUUUGUUAUUUGAAGCAGUCAUUUUGCGUUGUUUCCUUUGAGAGUUAAGUUACUCGAUAUUUGCUUCAUUUUCUUCAAAUAUGUUAGAGGAAAUAUGUAGAAAUGAAGCUCAUAAAAAAGGUCCAUAGAUUUAAAGACAAAGGACGGCUCGUUGUAGUGGCAGUUUUGAUUUACGUCCCUCCACUCCCCCGCCCCUUUUCAAGGUUGAAAUGUGUCGAUAUCGUAACUUAUCCAACUUCUCAACAGAAUCCUUGGAAGUAAUCUCACACGUUGCUAUCAUAUUUUCGGCAGUAUUCAAAACGAAAAUUUUAGGAUUGUCUGUGCCGUUUUGAUUUGAGUUAAAGUAAGAUAAUUGGGGGAGAAUGCUUUUUGUGUGAGUUAUAUUCUUUUAUGUUUUCAAAACAUGAAGUUUCGUCACGUGAUUCCACUGUUGUUGACGUCGUAUAGGCUGUUAUAGCAUCAGCGUCUCUCUUUAGCGCUCUUUACACGAAUUACUAAUACUUGCUUAAAACAAGUGAACAGUUCAAGAAAGAAAUUAGCUUCGGGAAAGGCUGUUAUUGCUAAUUCUCGUGUGUCAAGUUUUUGUUCCCAAUAAGCUACUCGGUCAUUUCCUAUCAGUUGUGGGUUCAAAUUCUGCAAAAUACAACUGUUUUCUUUCCCAUUAUGCUCUUGCCAUAUUUGGCAUUGAUUUUAAACAAAUUACUUAGAAGAAGAGUCACUAAACAUCAGCUUUAUCAAAUUUUUGUUUUCCCUUCAUACGCUGUCCAGCAAAACAACCAAGGGUCAACUAUCCGAUGACAUUAAUUGUUCCAAACUUCUCUCAAGACUUACCCUAACCGGCCUCGCUUAAUUAACAGUGUCUGCACGCGAUUGUUGAACUCUUUUACAACUUUAGAUUAUAUAUAUGCAAAGACAUAUUUUUAAACUCCGUAAAUGAUCUAUCUUAGUCGUCUUUCAGACUUUGCCCCUGGAAAUUGCCUGUCCCGAUUCUUGCCCAACAAGGUUCCCCAGGACUUAGACAGGAAGUCUGUGUUAACUCAUUUUCUACAUACCCUUCUAUCAAAUUAACUGACCAUUCUUUCGUUGAUUCAUUAACGACUUGUGUCUGCCCAGAAGGCUGUUUUGUAGUAACCCUUCUUGGCUUUUGCUGAAUCUGUUCUCAGUGCCAUGAUGUUAAUAGCUGUGCACGUGGCCAAGAACAUACCAUUUGCACGAGAGCCCUACAGGUAGUGUCUCGUUAAUUUGUUUUAACCGAAAGAGUCCAACUUCAUUUUUUCUGACAUGGAUCAAAAAAGCUUAGUCACAUUCCACACUUUCGCAUUAGUCUACCUGAGUUUUUAUCAGGUUUCUUAUCUCCCCCUCUCAAGCGAGCAUAAAAAUCAAUGCCUUGAAUGUUACCUCCUUAACCUUUAGCUUUUCUCUUCUUGAGGUUAGUUGUCACGGAGGGGGGACUCCUGGAAAUUCUUGGUGCUCGUGUGCCGCUCAGUUCUUCAAAUCCUAACCCUAUUUCAGGCCAAAAAGAUGUCAUUUUCCACACCCGUUUUCAGACCAGGCCUCUAAAAUCAUACCCGUUUUCAGACCAGGUCUUCAGAAAUUAUGUCAUCAUUGUUAAUUGUUUGGAUUAACACGCCAACAAUAAAGAUUUCUCAAAAUCCAUUUAGGAAUUCUACUUUCUAUCUCACUGAUUAGGAUUUGAAACGUUAAAUACGUUUAUACACUCCCGUAGUUCCCUCGAAAACAAUAUUCGAUUCCAGACAAAAGCGCAAAAUCUAUACCCGUUUUCAGACCAAAACGACGUAAAAACCCUACUCUUUGGGGUGGCACAUACCUAUAUGGCUAAUAUAAGGGAGUACCCCCGGGUUAGUUAAACAUGCAAAUUAGCUAUUACUUUUGGGAUCUGUGGACAAAAUCCGAUUAUUUGACGGUCCAAAUGAAACUUGUUCAGUAUUGUUUCCUUACAUUCCUUUUCUCAAUUGAUUUCACUCCAAAAGGUCAUUGAGAUUUCGUUUGGAUGCAGGAAAGUUAGGUUUCGUUCGACUUUGCAUGAUUAACUACAAGUCAAAACUACAAGUGUAACUUUUCAAGAAUCCACUUCAUGUGGACAACAUCGAUCAAAAGAUUGAUAUGUUAAAUCUGUUGUCAAAUGAGGAUUCACGUAUCAUUUAAAGCUUGUAUAGAAGAUCUUUAGUGUUGAUACUUUUCUUCGUCAAGUGCUGUUGAAAGUAGAGGAAAUGUGUCAUCAAGGUCGAAAACUGAAAGGAUCGCCAGCUGCUGUUCGCAUUAAUGUUCUUGUGUCAGGCUGAUGAAUGUCAGCCUCGCUUUUAAAGGAAACAAAAAAUCAGCUAGAAAGAUAACGAAACUCCAGUGAAACCUAAAGAUUUUUAAUUAGUUACAUGUAUUUUUGUUUUAAUCAACUUAUGCCUCUAUUAAGGAGUUUACAUCCUUAAGAAAUUGCUGAGUAAUAUGCAUGGAAAAUUUCAAUAACUCUAUCACAGGCGGAUUGCUCUGAUAAUAAUAAAAAAUAAAUAAAAUGAAAUAGAUCCUGUAAAAGUUUAAAAUUUACAGUAUGCACGGGUCUUUAUUAUAUCAGACAAUUUCAGCGAGACGGAAAGGUAAGGCUUGUUUAUCCUUGUAUUUUUUGGUGUGUGUUUCUAUUUGAACAAAAAAGGACUUUCUUCGAAUUAUCUGAAUAAUCCUAAGAUUGCACGAGAAACACCUCUGAACGGAAAUGCGAUCUUUUGCUGAUCUCAGACUUGCCAAUGCUUGAUUUGAUAAGACGAAUCAGAUCUUGGAGAAAAUCACGAAACAUGUAUAACAACUUUCAAAGUCCUCUUGCUGAACGAAAACGAGAAAUCCUAUUCCUGAAUUUGGGAGGGAAUACUUUGUCAGCGAUUAUAGUAUAACGAUGUCAUGCCAGAGAGCAAAAGAAACAAAUUUUAAGGAUGACAAACAUAUUUUAAUGUGAUGAUGUUGACUGUUUGGCAAUAUAAUAAUAACUCAUCAGACCCACUCAUUACGUUUACGAUGGGAAAACCUGUGGGACUUAAUAUAAAGUGCCAUGUUGCCCGAACUUCUUAUAUCCAACCUGGCAAAGAAUAAACGUCAUUGCUGUGUAUUGUGACAAGAUGAAUAAGUUUUCGAUAUUUGGCUUUAAAAAAAUGGUUUUUGGACGAUUUUUCCCGAAAUGUUUUGAUUUUACAAGGGGGAUGUUCCUUACUACAAUGAGUUGAGAAAAGGAAGUCGUAAAUAAACAAAUGUGAAAUGCGCCCGUGGAGAAGAUCUGUUGUUUAUGUAAACAAUGGUUAAAAAUACAUUGCUUGCCUAGUAGGGGAACCUGAAAUUUAUUACCAUUCCUCACGAAAAAUUGUUCAGUUGCUAAGUGUAGUUUUACAAGUUGCUGUCAUUUUUGCAAUCUCUGCCAGCUAUGAUAGCAGGAAAGCACUACACUAGAGAGGCGAUGGUUAAGUGGAAAUGCAUACCUUUACGACCAGAAAACCGUAAAAGUGAUUUCUUGCAUUCCUGAUUACUGAAAAUGACCGCUCGGGCCGUCCUUCGUGGCGUAAUUGAAAUAGCUGUGUGCAUAGGAGGUAACAAAAGAUAACAUAGGAACGGGGACAUUUAACCCUUGCCGCGCCCAUAUCCCCUCCUACAGAUGAUAACACCAUAGAAAGUUCAAAUCAAAAGUAACUAACUAUACCCACGUCUUUACGGACGUUCUUAUAUGGCAACGCUGGACACGAACUAAGCAAAGCAGACUUCCCUUAGAGCGACGUAAAAGCCUAUCCCUAUUUCCGUGUGUGGGUAUAGAUAAGAAGCGGAGAAUCUAUCCACCGCUUUGUGUGUAUUGUGAAUGCCUGCAUAUCAUUGACACAGAGGAACAGCGGGUCAGUGACGGAAAGCUAGAAAAGAUAAAAGCCAAUCACCGUCAGUCAGUCGGUGAAAAGGACUAUUUUCUGUGGCCUGUAUAAGAAAGAACCUGUACGCACGUUAAGUUAUGGCAACUAAGGCCUUUUAUAAGGUAAGAGUGUUUUAAUUGUCACCUUUUUUAAGCCCAUUAAGUGCCAUUUAAUUACAAGUACAUCUAAUUUAUGAACAAGCUUUCUUCUUGGGCACGAGCAAAGAGAGCUUGAUCUCUGCAUGUAAAAUAAAUUAAGCUAACUUGUUUUAGAAAGAGUUUAUAGACGGACUUGCAAACGCAUAAUUACUUUGCCAAAAGACCCUGCAACCACCCAAUGCGAGUAGACGCUAAUGGCCGGAAUAACCAUCGACUCUACUUUUUAGGACACAUGCAAUUUGUGCAUUGCCUAAUCAUUAGUAUAUAACGGUACACAAAUCGUUUACCUUAGUUAAGUAGUUUUGACGAGCGUAUUUAUGUUUAGAAAGUGAGUUGUUGUUUUUACCGGCAAUAUUUUAAACAAAUCGAACCCUGUAGGUCUGAAAGAAUAUUGGCGACGUUAAAAAAAACAUAAAAUUCUUAGCAGUUCCGGGUUGUAUUAACUUUGAGAUGCAAUCUGUUUCCAUCCGUUCCCUAUCUAACCCAUAAUUAUCUCAGUAGAGUACUGACCCAAUAGUAAUCAAAAUUCCUUUUCCUGUUUUAGACCUUUGACAAAGUGAAUCGUCCCAGUGAGAUUAUGAAACUCAAACGCGCCUACUGAGACCAAUGUUGAAUUGCUGCUUAAAUGUGGGACUGUAUGCGAAUGUAUGAAAUUGAUUUUUAAAAUCCUUGUAAUAAAACAAAAAUUUUGUGAGAUGUAAGAAUCGAAACUGGUGGAACGACGUGAGCACAAAACACGAAAAACUAAAGAGUUGUUGUUUUAUGAGCUGGUAAAAAUAGCAAACCAAUUCAAUAUUACUUUUGUAGCUUAAUGGUACCUUAUAAAAAAAAAGAUUGAAUGAUUAGAAAUUACCGAUAUUAACUUGCCGGCGUAGAAUAUAGGAAACCUUGGAGAUCAAGUGAAAAGAUAACCCAAGAACGAAUUGAUUAGAUAGUCUUUCGUUAUAUAAUGAUAGACCAAAACCGGGGAAAUUAUUUCUCGCCAAGGAAAUGCUAUUACUUAGACCUUUUUCAGUUGUCACAUUAGGGCCAAUCGAAUUGUACGCUAUUUCUUUCCAAUUUCUCUCAACGGGGGUACAAAUUGCCAACUCUAGAUCUCAUUUCAUUUCGUGGCAGUAAUUUACCAUCUACUUCAUUUUCUUUCUUCACAUUUUAUUAAAUAUUUAUGUAAAAAAAAGAGGUGAUGAGAAUUCAGAGAUUCGUCAUAGGAACACCAUCUUGAUGCCCCAGCCAUUUGUAAUGUAGAUCGGUUUGCACUAUUUUUCUUUUCUGGUACACUUAGAUACCAAGCGGACAAAUGAAAAUGCGAUGCCAAAAUUCUCAGAAAAUCCCACACAGUCUGCUUUUGAAAAAAAUGUCGAAAAACAAAUGGCACAAAAUCGGUACCAAGCGCCAAAAGAGGUCUUGUUUAAAUGUUCGCUAUAGGAUUUCGUCCAUAGUCUCAAAAGUUAUAACCCCCUACAUUAUGAUGUCUCAAUAAUUGACUGGCAAUGAGCCACUUAGUUAAACAAGGCAAUGUUUCCGAAAUUCCGUGGCUUACCAGAGGGUUAAAAAAGCGGCUUGAUUUUAUUAUCGUAACAUAGGCUAAAACAAAAAGUUCAAGGGGUUACGUGUAGUUUCAACAGUCUGUCACGAAAACAAGUCUGAUGAACUUUAAUCUACUUUUAUUCCUUGUAAUCGGGCACUUUAUCUCCAACAAAUUUGUUCUUGUUUGUUAGAAUCAUCUGUCGAAUUUUUAUACGAAUAGGGAGCAUAUUUUUCAAGUACUUGAGGAGUGUUUCGUCAAGACACCAGGUCAAGGUUGUUUAAACGCUGGAUAGCGCUAUCCACUAGAUAAAUCACUAUCCAAUGGAUAAGUAUUAAGGUUACCGUGUUAGAGUUCAUUGUCAGGGCUUUAAAACAGAGUGUGCGGGAAUUUCACGGCAGAGCCUCUCUCUUCGUUGCGCCGUACUGACGAGCCCUAAAAAGGGUGAAACAGCUGUCUACUGCUACGAGCCCGCUCUGUUUUUGGCUCUUUCGGUGUCGGGUUGAUGUCUUGCAAAGUUAAUUUUCACGUAGUACGAUCAGCUUUGCAGCAUUCAGUGUGUCUACUCAAUUGUGUUAUCCACUGAAUACUGAUUUAUCUAAUGGAGAAUGCUAUCCACCCCCACCUUAUCCUUUUAAGUCCCAAGAGUGACCAAAGUCAAUUUUCUCCAAACAAAAUCAAUACAUAAUCAAGGGAAAAUGUGGUGAGAAUUAAUAAAAUAAUCACCUGAUGGGAAAAGCUUUGAUAUACAAACAAAUUCUCUUAACCAAUUCUUCAAGGAAAUGUAUGGAGAUCAGUGCGGGGAAUUUAUAUUUACAUAUUGGGGUUUAAAAGGUUAUCAGCAACUAACGAUAACGUUAACCACUGGAAAAAUUUCUCCACUGGAUACUUAACCACCGGAUGGUGCUUUUUCCGCUGGAUAGCGUUAUCCAACGUUUGAACAACCGGGGGCAGGUUGAUAAAACCGGGGGCUUCUUUUUUACUGACUACAGAGGAACAUCGCUACGUGCAGCCUGAAGUGUCUGUUUUGAGAGAGGUGCCUGUCUUGAAGAGAGUAAAAAUAAACCCCUGAAGAACAGAGGGAUCAACUCUCAGAGUUGUCUGUUUUAGAGAGGUGUCCAUGUCUUUUAGACUGGCACUUAGCGUCCAUCUUAGAUCAAGGUGUCCUGCCUUGCAGAGAAUCAAAGACUAAAUAACCGGUAGGGACCAACUCAAGCUAUCUGUUUAAGAGAAGUGUCUGUUGUUUCUUCGGGACUGACACUUAAAGAGACUCAAAGACUAAAUAACUGAAUCCAUGCUGUCCGAGUCAGAGAGUUGUCCAUCCGUGAUAGUAGUGUUCGUAGAAGAGUUGACUGUUUUUUUUGUUUUGUUUGUUUGUUUGUUUGUUUUUUAUUUUUCCUUUACAAAGAAAUGAAGGAUUCUGUGUUUGUAGCUUUGGACUGCAGUCUUGGGGAUUGCUAACCUUUUUUUUACAUUUUCACCCGGGUUCUCGCACACUACGAGUCACAGGGCAGGGAAGGGUCUGGUGGUCAUGAUGAUGAUGAUGAUGAUCUCGUAAUAAUGAUGAUAACUAUUAUAAUAUGCAGUUCUAACUCUGUCAAACUUUAGCAAAAAAUACCAUUAUGGACAAAAUGCCACUGUUUCACCAUUCAAAUGAGACCUCCUUAUGGACUUUACAUGGUGCUAGCAUUUUACAAUGAUUUUUUAUUGACUUGUAACUUAGGCCACAUUACUCAAAAUGAAAGGGAUAAGUGAUACGUUAGAAUUUUGCUCACACACGACGCAGUGGUCAGCUUUCGUGCCACCGUUAUCAGGACCUAGGGUCACCCACUGACGCCUUGAAAACUGCUAAAUUAAAGCCCACAAAUAAUAAAACAGUGUAUUUAUUUCAUCAACAUAUCCUCGGAAAUUACAGUGGUAGGUUUGAUCUGUCAGUUUCCCAUAUUUGAACGUGUUCUAAUGCUCGCAAUUGCUUACAUUUUUAGUAAUGUAGUUUUAAAAAAACUUACUACCAGUUUACUGAACCCUGUAAAAUACUUAAAGUAUAUAAAUAUAUCUGUAUACAAAGUGUCUAACGUUCAGACAGUUCAAGUAAAAGUUGUUUCAUUUACCGAUGAAUAAUCCCGGCUUUGCUGUGUGUUGCGGCAUUCUCAGUUUUUAGAGUUAGAAAAUAGAAGGCACAUUGAGAUCGGAACCAUAUUCGUAUCAUCAAAUUAGGUUAUCAGCAAACUUCCUUUAUAUGUGUUGAUAUAUAUGUCGUAUAUCACGAACUGAACUAAUCACGAUAUAGCGACUUCAAUUAAGCUUCUGUGACUUCUGUGGCUAUCUUUUUUCUUCUCUUCUCUGCAAAUCUUUUUUAUGAAAAAAGAGGAAGAGUAAAGAAAGAAUUGAAUUAGAACAAACGUGAGGAGUGCGAAAUGCUAUGAUAUGAACACGUGGGACGCGAGAUGAAAAUAGUUUUUCGGGAAGUGUGUUUUUCCUAGUUUUAUGUAGGUGAGGUGAAAUAUUGGGGCGAAGUGAGUUCGCGCUUCACCAAAACGGUUGCGAGAGGAGACUAGCGAUUCCGCCGCAGGAUAUCGAAAUGAACCCGCAAUUCAGCGUAAUGGGAUUAGGGCUUAUUUUAGGCACUAAGAAAAAGAAAACGCUUUAAGACACGCAAUCUUAAUCUAGCUGAUAAAAUAAAGCAGGAUAUGGUAGUUCAGUUGGGGAACAACACAGACAAUAAGCUCAAUGAGAUUGUUGUCCUUGUAAUAUAAAUGAUUGUAUAUGAGAGUCUAUAAUUAGCAAUUAUAAAGUAGUGCCAUUUAUUGUCACCAUGAUCCUUAGACAUGUUCUUUCCUUUUUUAAAUUAAAACUUUAAGUAAAGUAAGCCGCUCUUUUUUGACUUUCUUAAUGUAAUCCUAAACUAUACAAAUUUUGAAAAGUUGCCCGUAAUGUAUACUUCAGCGUCUUUUGUUAUUGCCGUAAAUAGUAAGGCGAGAUGAGGUUUAUCCCGUGAACUUCCUCUUUAUGGCUUUUAUCGCAAACUUAGCUAAGCACGGAAUAUAGCUUUAUAAUUAUCACUGCAUUAAUAACUUUGUCAGAGUCUUUAAGGGGUACAAAGGAGUAUUCGUGAAAUUUUGCUUUUUCAACUAUUCUUCAGUUUACCGGACUGAGCAUUGCAACAAACAGCACACAGUUAUUUCCCUGUGUUUUCACUUUAUUCAUCGUUAGUGUUUUAGAAACAUAUAUAUUUUAUUCAAAAAUGGUUAAAAAGAUCGUAGGUGAUAUUGUGUGAAUGGCAUUAAAAUUCAGGUUUGAUAGCCUGAAACUUUUAAUAUUUAUUUUACCGAUUUCAAGUGAAGUAAUCUAUGCCUUCACUGUCUCUUCGCUCAGAUGGUUGUUAGGCAGAAAUAUUUAAUUUAAAAGUUCACCUAUUUGGCGAAUUUCUACCGUAGAAUUUCGCCAAAUAGGUGAAGUUAUGUUAGGCUAACAUAACUCUUUCGGAAAAGAGGGUAUAGCGACCUUGGCGACUAUUAGUUUAUCUGGACCUGGUGUUCUUGGUUUGUUAUAGUUCAUGAAGACUUGCUGAACAUAUUAAUCAGCUCCACCCACUUUUGCCCCUCCUCGAUCAUCUGAACGAGCUGCGGUUUCCUUUCCUGUAGGUCUUUACAUACUUGCUUGACAAAAAUCUGAAUUUACUUUUUAAUCUCUACACAGCUAUGGUUCUUUCUAAUCACUGGCUUGUUUGCGUUAACAUUAAAAUCCGCCGGCGGGGCAUCUGUGUACUCGUUGGUAUCGAAGACUCCUGACCGUGACUGCCAGCCCGUCAAACGCGACUUACUCCGACUUCAACUUGGAAAUGGGUACAACCAACGCUACAUGGCCAUGGACGACAAUGAUCUUCGGCACAAAACCAAGCAAUCACUAUUCGUUGAUGAGAAGCACGCGAACGAUGUCAAGAAUGUGAGCAAGAGGUCGCUUGUUCAGAGUACCGAUCCCACCAUCCAAUGGACGUGCCAGACAACAAAGACCUGGUUAGACUUGGGCGCCAAUUUUUUCCCGCGUCACGUCAGGUCGGUCACAUGCUCAACUAGCAAAUGUUGGUAUCAACAUUUCCAGUGUCGACCGAAGAAUUACACGAUCGAGGUGUUAAAGAAGAAGGAUGGUGUGUGUUUAAGGGUGUACUCCCGCACAGGGAGGCCACGAUGGCAAGACUUUUGGGAACCCAUCGAUUAUCAAAUAACUGUAGGCUGCGAAUGCGGUCAUUGA